CACUCGUCGCCCGUGAUAUAGUAACUCCCUAAAUAAUUCCGCGUACCUGCUAUUCCGCUUAACAAUAUGGAACGUAGCGUCUUCUUCCUGCUACUGACGUUCCCCCGAAGCGACUUCGAAUUAAGUUCUCUUGUAAGAGGGGCAGUCGUUUACCCUUCGUUACAAUGGAAUUCCAAAAAUCCUCAAUUUCAAGAGGGAAAGUUGCAUUUUAGUGUCCUGCCAGGUUCAAAACUGAACCUGAUCUGCCCUCAUGUAGCAGUAUCCUUUGUAGAGAUGGAUGACACAGAUAGCAUGCUCUAUUAUGAAAACGUUUGGAGAGUUGACAACACAAGCUACCAGACUUGUGAGGUUAAUACUACCGUAGCAGAGAACAAGAUGGUACUAAAGUGUGCUGAUCCUCGAAAGAUUCAAUUUACCACAGUAGUCUUUCAGCGUUUCAGUGCUGUUAAUUCCCUGGUAUUUGAGCCAGGAAGCACCUAUUAUUUUAUUUCUACUUCUAAUGGGUCCCUCAGUUCUCUGACAAAUAACAGAAAUGGACACUGUCACACAGCAAACAUGAAACUGGAAAUAUAUGUCUGUAAAGGAACUGAGGAUCCAGAGUGUAAAGAAGCAUCCAAUGAUACUACUACAGUAUCUACUGAGGUUACCACUUCUGUGAGUACACCCAUGCCUGGUGCUGUAGGAACACAAGUACCUAGGGCAUCACCUUUUUGGGGUUCUUGGAAUCUAAGAGCUGCUGUCAUCCUUGGGGUUUGUUUUUUUGUUUCUCUGGUGGUAAACUGCUUGUGUCUGCAUGCGAUUUGUCGUCGAAAAGAGAGGAGACGAUCAUUAGAUGAAGAGAAGAAGUUUUAUAAAGCGGUGGACGAAAAUUGUCCGAACAAACAUCAAAUGAAUGAUGAGAAACUCCUUUAAGGGUGAUGGACAAAGCACUGAUCGUGGACUGUACCCAAAUGGACUACCCUGAAAUGGAAUUUUAUGGCAAGUCAUAGCUGUAAUUAAUUUGGUGGAAAGAUCCUGUCUUCACAUAUUUUCAAUAGUUUUAGGGCAGCCUUGUUUUUAAUCAUGUUAAGACUGUAAAUUGUAAAUAAUCUAAUUUAAGCGACUUAUAGGACAUUUAUUGCAGGUUCACACCAGCCCUUGGGUUGCCACAAACAGACCUGCCUUGCC